AUGGAUGACUGCACCAGCCUCUUCUAUGACGACGACGGUGAAGCUCAGUGCGAUAUGGGUCACUCCGAAUCGAAAGGAGCGAAGAAGCGGGACAAGAGCGCUGGCAAUGGCAACGGGAAGCCGAGUCGCGGCGUGGCAACCUCGUUCGGUUUCCGCAGACGGCCGGCGAGCACCUCGCGUGCAGACGACAACGCGCGCCGAAAGCAGAAGUCGCACGACAAGAAUGGCAACGGAGGUUCCACUGAGGACUUACGACCGGAGGAAGUAUUAUCGGGCAGGUCCACGCCUCUCGCUCGGCCCCGAAAGGAAACAGCCGGUCAGCCACUUCGCACCAACAGGUUCGGUUUCAGGCAGCCGCACAGUAAGACGGCCAAGGUGGCCGACGUGAGCGUCGCCGCCGAGCCCGCGUUCAACGCACCACAUAAGGAUAAGGAAACCGCCAUUAAUAAUAACGCUUUAGAUAAAAAGAGUACAAAUCCCACGUGCAACAACCAGUUGCCGAUGGUGGCGACACAGGUCACUUCGAGUGGUGUGACGACUGUCAUCGGUGCCGGCGGGCUUCCAAAGCCCGUCACAAAGCAGACCGUUAUCCUAACAUACCAGACGCAGCAAUACGCCCCGCAGGAUGGCCGACCCAAGCCAGCUCCAAGGGGCGAGCAAGGAAACAUACGCGCAACAUCUGUUGCUCGGACAUCUGGUGAGGUGACCAAGCCCCCGGGCAAGUACACCUUCCAGACCAAUCAGCUGCCCAGACCCCAAUUUCCAGCUGUUAAGAACAUAGACCCGAAAGCGGCUAAACAGGUGGUAAACAACACUAGGAAGGCUGGCGCGACGGACGGAUGGAGGGAAGGGGCUGGUUCGGCAGUGUCGAGCGACUCCGGCGUGUGGACGGGCGGCGAGAACGGUGCCGGUGAUGGGUCGCCAUUGGCCCGCCGUCGCCCCCGCAACCUUGAAAUGGUGAUGCGGGACACGCACACCUUCCACCUCAGGGAGUUGCAGGUCGCCGAUCUAGACAUCAUGGACGAGGCGGUGGUCACCGGCCACGCGGUGAUACCGUUGCCCAAGCUGCCCAGCUCGUUCGAGGGUGAACUGUCCCCGGAGUACGAGGCGCCCGCCCCGGCGUACGCGCCCCCCUCGCCGGUCGCCAAGCCGGCCGAGCCCGCCGAGCCCGCCGGCCAGUCGCCUAUGUCGACUCUAGAGCGAUACAGGAACCGGAGCAGGCCCUCGAGGAUCCAGACCGGGCUGGAGUACAAGGACGAGGAGAAGUUCGUCCUGGAUAGGGCGCAGCCGGAGAAGUUCGACAAACAGAAAUCAUUUACAAAUCCCUCGAGCGGCGUGGUGUCUCCAACAACGGUGAACUCCAGCAAGGAAUCGAGUCCGUCUUGCAAGAGCGAGGAGAGCCAUUUCGGGAACAGCAGCGCCUGGCAAAGUCACGCCGCCGGGGAAGCGAUGGCAACAAGAUCACAAGAUGAUGUGUCGCUGGCCCUAAGUGUUUCAAGCUGCGAAGACGAGAAGUCUAAGUUGGACGCGAAGGAGAACCAGAAAGAAGUGGAGAAAGAAGUGCCGACAAAGACUAUCGUCAUUGCCGACGAGCCUCCACAUCCUCUCCUCAUGAAGUCGCUCACAUUGAGCCAACACGACUCUCUACGUGGCACCAUGAUGGGUUCGAUGACGAGCUCCAACUACAGCACGACGAGCACGUGCACAAACCAAAGCAACGACCACCACAACUUGACGCUCACGCUUGAAGAGUCCAAAUUCGACAUAUCUGCCUUGGAGACCUCCACGCAGAGCCUGCUGGAUGAUGAGACCUCGCCAGCGGACAGUCUCAUAUCGUCCACAAGCACUAGCGACAGCAACAACGACCUCCACGUGGACAGAGACGCCCCCUCCAUAUCCAGCGCCUACCAGACCGCGAACACCAAGACCAAGUCCCCGGACCCCAUCCUGGAGGAGGAAGACGUCGUUGACGGGGAGGCUCUGUCGCCGGUGAAGGAAGUCAUCGAGGUGGGCAGCGGCGGCGACAGCGGCAGCGGCAGCAAGAACACCACCCCGCCGUCCCCUGGCACUCCCACGCACGCCUCCGGCUCGCUGUCUCUCUCCGACGGGCGCGACUUCUUCGACGACGAGAUCGCCGACCAGCCCGCUCUGCUGUUCAGGAAAAAUACGGAUGGAAGUCCUUCAAUGAAAAGGGCGGAUUCAGACGCCGCAAAGCAAUUAAGGAGAUCCAAGGAACGUAUCAAUUCAAGCCCUCUAGCGCAAAGGAGUCGAAAACUUGGCGGCAGUCGCAACCCGGCAGCGGAACGCACGCCGUCCCUGGACACCCUCUCCAGUCUCGCAUCUGAUGACCUCAUGAUGGAGAACGACCUUGGCAACUCCAUCACCAGCCUGCAGAGCGUUGACGAUUACAUUGAACGGCUGGACAGUUCGCUGCGAAGCGGGCUCAACUCGCUGGACGAGAGGCAGCUCCGCCAAGAGCUGUCCUCGUCGAAGGCGACGGUGCGCCAGUGGAGCCAGCUGCUGGAGAAGAACAAUAUACUGGACAGGCAGCUGGCGGCCAUGGCGCAGGGCAAGCACGGGCCCGACUCGCUCACGGCGAGCAACAACAGUCUCGCCAGCGUCGGG